AUGCGGUCUUAUAAUAUGCUCGAUAUAUGGGAGGAAAUUCUGGGCUAUUUCGGUCCCGCUGAUCACCAGCCCCGGAGUCAGCUAGUUCGUUGUGUUUUUGACAAAGUUUUAUUGGUUGUAGGUUUGUCGCCGCUUGCUGUGGGUUUCAUUGUCGGUUGUACCUUUUUCGCAAUUACUGCUAUCGCUGCGUUUCCUCUUUUCAUAGCAGCUGUGGGUAUGAUGCUUGUCUCAGACUCUGUUGCUGUUUCUUUGGAGAAUGUAUAUCGCACAAUCAAGCGCUGGACCUCAAGAAUGUGGUGCGGGAUUUUGGGCAACCGCAAAGAUUUAACAACAGACCAACUACCUACGACUAACACUCCACAAACAAAAUUUUCUACAAAACAAUCUCCAGUAUCUAGUUUGGCUUCAAAUAUCUUCAUCGACACUAUGAACGAUGAAAGAAAGUUCGCACUUCACAGUAAUCCUGUGACAACAAUGAAAUACAUUCUCUCUGAUCCAGCUCCGGUAUUUCCUUCUCCAUGCGCUGAAAUCAAAGGUCGCUCUAAAGAGAGGAAUUCACAAGUUACGGCCCUUCCUCCUCCUCCAUAUAACUAA